UUGUGUGUAUUCCCGUGCUCGCUUCGCCAUCUUGUUGCAACCUUUUUUUUUUUUCUUUUUUUUUUUUUCCUUUACGUAUUUCGGGAUCUACUUUCUGUUUGGCUGGAUUAAAAAAAACUGGCCGCCUGCUUUCUGGAGAACCGCACAAGGGGGGUUCACACGGGAGUGAAGCCGCGCACGUAGCGCUUAAUACCGGGGCACUACUUUCCAUUCCCCCCCUCUUUCCUUCCCGGACCACCGGGUCCCCCCCUGCCGUCAGGGUUCACGCGAAAUGAGUAUCGACACACUUUUGGAGGCGGCCAGGUACCUGGAAUGGCAAGCCCAGCAGCAACAACAAACAAGACGUGAGGAUGAGCCGUUUAAGGAGAAGGAAGCCAUCAAGACGGAGGCUGAGUCUAAACAUGUGGAGCUUGUCGCCUCACCUCUGCCCGUCAGAGCCAACCACACCGUUUGGGCUGAUGAUGCUCUUCGCCAGCAGCCGCAUCAUCCUCCCGCCCCUCCGCCGCCUUCUCUCCCACCUUCACAAGUUCCCAUCGCCGUCAUCCCGAUGGUCCCGGUCGUCAAUGCAACACCCUCUGUCCCCCCCCUCCCCCUCACUACGCCGAUCGCUGCAGCUGCCACUUCGCUCAGCAGCCCCCUGCCUCCCAAAAAAGAGAGCACUUCCUCUACGGUGCCGCAGCAGCAGCAGUCAGUGUCUCAUCACCUGUUGUGCCCCUCCCAGAUCAAAAUGGAACCUGCUCAGCAGCUGAUAGACGUAAAGCCCGGCCUAUCGCAGCCUCAGAUGCAGAUUCAGUACCCAGCUUCUAUUAGUACCAAUGGCUCUGGCUCCCAUCAUGCACUGGUUCCCCAUCAAGCGCAACUUACACCUCAGUCACGCCCCAACGGCGUGACGAUAGAGGACCUGAGGGGGAUGGAGGGCAAGAGGAGACCUGGAGGAGCGGGAACCAGAGAGGUGCACAAUAAGCUGGAGAAGAACAGGCGAGCACACCUCAAGGAGUGUUUUGAGACACUUAAGAAAAACGUUCCUAAUGUUGAUGAGAAGAAAACCUCUAACCUCAGCGUUCUGCGCAGUGCACUCCGUUACAUACAGACUCUGAAGCGUAAGGAGAAGGAGUUUGAGCACGAGAUGGAGCGUUUGGCCAGAGAGAAGAUUUCCACGCAGCAGCGGCUGGCCGAGCUGAAGAACGAGCUCAGCCAGAACAUGGACGCCAUGGAGAUCGACCGAGUCCUCCGACAGACCAUCCAGCCGGAGGACGACCAGGCCUCCACGUCUACGGCCUCAGAGGGAGAGGACAACUUUGACCAGGAUGUGGACGAAGACGCUGCCGCCCGUCCCGCUCCCUCGUCCCUCCAGAAACCGGCUCUGUCCAUCCUCCAAGCCCAGCCGCUCCUGGCUCCACAUCUGUCCAUCCAGCACGCCGCUCUUCCUCUUUCCGGAGUCCUCGCUGCCCCUCCUCCCGCUGGUCCCCCUCCUCCUCAGGCCAUCGCCCCCGCUCCGCCUCCCGGCCCCCCUCCUCCUCCUCUUCCUCUUCAUACACCAGCUGUGCAGGUCCAGCCGACCGUCAUCGCUCACGCCGCCGUCUCACACCCGUCGGUGAUCCACUCUAUCAGUCACACCCUCCCGGCCAACCACAAACACUUGGCACACAUAGCCCCCUCUCCGGGUCCCGCCUCCUCCACCCCGCAGCCGAUGGCGGCGGCAGCAGCGGCACCCGUCACGGCGACGCACCAGCACAUAGCCCAGCCCAUCGGACACAUCACCGUCCACCCGGUGGCACACCUGGGGGCGCCCCUCGCGUCCCACCUCCCGACUCUGUACCCCCAGGGUGUGCCGGUCACCCAGCCCACCAUGGUGGGCCACAUCACCCACACCUUCGCCCACCACGCCCUGCCGCACGUCCAGGCCGGCGCUCAGGCUAACACUAACGGAGUGCAGGUGAGCAGCGCCGCCGUGGUGAGCCAAGGCAGCCCGUCGCUGGGGAAACCCACGGCGGUGCUCGCCCCGCACCCCCAGCUGGUUGGGCAGGCCGCUGUCCUCAACCCUGUCACCAUGGUUACGGUCCCAACCUUCCCCGUCAGCACGCUCAAACUGGCCUAAAACAGAAAAUCCACCACGCCCUGACGGAGAGGCGAGUCGGAUUCAGACGGCCUGGAUCUCCGUUCGGUCGGAUCCGUUGGUUUUGGAUCUGAGAAUCUUUGUGAUAUUUCCAUCACAGCUCUGCUAUGAGAACAUUGCUGCAGACUCAGCGGGUUCAGGCCAUUGUUGGUGAAAACGAGACUGUGACAUUUGGCUCCGACGCAAAGUCAGGAACUUAGUUUGACCUUUCCUCUUCCUGCCUCUCUCUCUUUUAUUCCUUUCCUCUGCAACCAGAAGCACUAAGACGAUAAGCUUAGUUCACACUCAGGCUCCAGAGAUUCACUUCCAUCAGUCUCGCUCUCAUUCGGUGGAAGGUGUCGUCAGCUCUUAAUGCAGUGAUACGAGUGUGUUCCUCACUCAGAUGUGAUGAAGAGGAGAGGCAUCACUGAUCUAAAUAAAUUAUUCACAACAGCUUCGGUCAUGUUCAAAGGAGAAUAUUCCAGAUUUUUUUCCCUCCUGUGCUCCAGUUUCACCCAAAUUUGAACUUCACAAACCAAACAAAAAAUAGAGAGAAUAUGUUUAACUGCUAAUUUAUGUUUUGCUGUUUGGGUCUGAUUAUAUGAACACAUGUUGGGUGAUAAUACUGAGCAGAAACCUACAGGAAAAGUUCACAUUUCAUGCAACAAUUUCCUUCUGCUCUCAAUGUUCCCCCUCUAUGCUGACUGUUACCACAGCGCCCCCUGCUGCCGAAUAGCACAGCGUACACUGAUGUCACUCACACCCAACACAAGCUUUUUUGAGAGCUAAAGGUGCCACAAUAUAAUAAUUAAUGAUGAAUCAAAAAUGUCAUAAUUCAGAAAAACAAAUGAAUUGAUAAAAAAUGUUGGAAUUAUUUGAAUGUGGCAGUAAUUAAAUGCAUAGUUGGAAAAAUAAUCAGUUGUUAAAACCACACAGAAUCAUUGCAGUUUAAAUUUAUUUUAUGGCUCUUGUGCUCCAGUGCAGCUCACAGUUAAGCUCUCUGAGAGAGUUUAUCUUAAAUUUCAAUCAAUCUGGAAGCAUGUUUAUGAAUUAAAAUAAAACGUAGAUCAAAAACAAAAAUUAAAUAAUCUAAAAAUGAUAAAUCAUUUGUUUUAUUAAAAGUUUUUUAUAUUUCAUCUCAUAUAUUAUUUAACCUUUCUUGAGAAUCAGUGUAAAACUCUUUAUUCCCAUUGCAUAAAUCAAAACUACUUUUUUUAUGUUUUGAUUGGUAUUAUGAUGAUUUAUCUUUCAUUAAGAAGAUCCAAAGUUCUUCCAGUUAAAAGAAACAUGUUGGUAAAGUUAAAAGAUUAUUUUAAACCAUAAUCAGAUUGGGAUAUUAACUGUAAUUGUGAUUAGUUUUAACUAUGAAGGAUUUUCUUUUUUUUCUUUUUUUAUUGAAUUGUGGCACUUUUGGACCUGCAGCUCUGGAAAUUGGUCUUUGCUCUUGUAUCAGCAGAUACCGUGAGCUUUAGUUAAUAUUGUUUUCCACUCAAAUAGCUGGUGUCUAAAAACUAAAUUAAAAUCUGUCGCUCUUGUUAAAAAAUGAUAAUAAAAAAGAGUAGAAAGUAGUUGUUCUUAGUCAGGUCUGGGAAUGUGUUCUGACGCCCACUAAUGAGUAAAUCAGUGAGUGUGAAUGUUUAUGUUAGACUAAACACAUCAUUCUCUCAUUGUCGUACAUUAAUGCACUGCAAAAACACAAAAUCUCACCAAAUAACUUUGGUUAAGAUUCUAAUGCAAAUAUCUUAGUACACCUGAAAUAAGAAAAAAAAUACUUUCAAGGAACUUUUCAGCCAAGAUAUAGAAGCUUGUUUAAGUCAAUAAUUCUUUAAUAUCGAUGAAAACGAACCAGAUUAUUUCCCUUAUAAUAUGGGAAAAAUGUCUGCCAAUGGACUACUACUGUUUCACCAAUAUUAAGGAGUUAUGGAUUAAAACAGGCAUGUCAAACUUUCUUUUAUUUGGGCCAUAGCAAGAUUAUGAACGUCCUCAAAGGGCCGGUUGUGGUAAAAUGUGUCGAUGAAUCUCGUUAAUAAACCUCUAAAAUAUGAAUAAAUAGCCGCAUCUGCACCUGAUGAGUCCUUCUUAAAGUUAAAUAAUACCAAACACCAUUACACUUUGAUAGGAUUGGGCAGAAUACAUAUGGAAACUACAGAAAAAGAUUAUAACCAGUGGAAAAAUAAAGGAAUUCUGGCUUUAGUCUCGUGAGGUUAAAAGUCAGAAUUCUGAGAAUUUUGAUUCUUUCCCAGAAAUCAGAUUUUUUUUCUUAGAAGUUUGACUUUUUAUUUUCAGAAUUUUGACUUUGUUUCUUAAUUUUUUUUCUCAGAAUUCUCUUUUUUCUCAGAAGUUUGACUUUUCCCCUCAGAAUUCUGACUUUUGAUCUCAGAAGAUUAAAGUCAGAAUAAUUCAAGUCAAUUCUGGGAAAAAGUCAAAAUUCUGAGGAAAAAAAAUUCAGAUUUUUUUUUCUGCAGCGCUAAUCCUCUUCUAUUGAAAACUGCUUUCAUUUAUUUGAUCAAAUAUUAUUUAAGCAAACAACUGUUAUUUUCAAGGUUCUAUCUACAUGACUCUCUGGGCCACAUAAAACUUCAUGGCGGGCCAGAUUUGGCCCGCAGGCCUCUAGUUUGACACUUUUGUCUUAAAACAAGCUCCUGUAUCUUGCUGAAACAUUACUUCUAAGUCUGUUUUGUCCUAUUUUAAGUAUAAUAAGAUAUUUGCACUUAAGUUAGACAAAAGUAUUUGGUAAGAUUUGGUGUUUUUGCAGUGCAUGGUGGAUCUCCUCCUUUACUCUGCAGUUUCCCUGCUUUACGUCUGUAAAUGUGAUUAUAUGUUUUAUAUAUUCUCUGCUCUACUUAACCCUGUUGUACCUGUAGCAUGGCUGUUUGUUGGUUGUGCAGUUUGCCCCGUGCAUGAUGGUCUGUGUGAGUGUGUGUGUGAGUAGCUGUUAGCAGGUUAUUUUUUUACACAGAUUUAUGAGACGAGCCUGUUUGAAUGCUAUCGUGCGUGCCUAUACCCAGUUUCCCUGAACACUGUGACAACUCUGGCUAAACACGUACUUGGAGUGAAUGGAGGAGAAAACGACUUCUGGGUUGUUGUUGUUUUAAUACUUUUCAUUUUGAGUUGGACUGCGAUGCUGAGAGGAAAAAGAAAAAAAAAAGCCUGUUGAUCUUUUCUGGGUAAAAUAAUAUUGUCUAUAACUGAAAUUGAGUUUUGUAAUAUUUGUACGUAUGGAAGUUUUGUAACUCGUGAUCGUACGCAUGUUUCAGCAUAUGAGUGUAUGCAUCUUAAAUGCUUGUUUUCUUUCUGUUUUGUUUUGCAUGUAGGUUGCAGUUUAGUUCCUUUGUUUUAAAAAUGAUCUUUUAAUGUUUCUUUUCGGGACCAUGUACAAUACUGUAUAACGUGGGCAGAAUCCUGGACCUCAUGCUACAUUGAUAUUAUAUAUAAAAUAUAAAAAACAUGUUUUCCCUAUGGAGAAAGUUUAAGUUAUAUAUUGCCUGUACACUUUGGGCUGCCUUUUAGAUCUAACUGUCCACUGUUGAAAAUAACCAUAAUGAAAAUGAAUAAAACAUAUUAAUGAAGAAUUAUGCUGAUGGAAAAAUAAAGAUUCUUAAUAAAUCUUAUUACAUUUACAACA